AUGCAGGCACUCAACGAGGUCAAAGCAGCUCGACUCUGCGGGAAUCGCAAGGGCGCGCACCAGCACAUUUCCGGGCUGGGCUGCGCGAAAGUGUGCGUAGACGAAGCGCUGGACGCGGGCUGCGACGACGCGUGCGGCUUGAUAGGCCAGCACAAGGCACGCAAGGCGGCGCGUGUGGUGCUCGACUUGCUGAAGUCGAACAAAUCGUUCAACCGCGCGGUGUUGAUCGCGGGCGCUGUCGGUUCCGGCAAGACGGCGCUAGCGUACGCGAUUGCGAAGGAGCUCGGCGCGGACGUGCCAUUUGUGCCCAUCUCUGCGAGCGAGGUGUACAGCCCCGAUGUGAAGCCGGCCGAGGUACUGACGCAGGCGAUGCGACGAGCCGUCUCGGUGACCGUCCGCGAAGAGCGCGAGGUUAUCGAGGGCGAGAUCAGCGAAAUUGUCACGAGCGUCGCUGCAGACGGCGCGAAGUCCGGCACAGUCGUACUGCGCACGAAAGACAUGGAGUCGCUGUACUGCCUUGGUCCCAAGUUGCUUGCGCUAAUGGAGCGCAAGAACAUCAUAGCCGGCGACGUAAUUCGGCUCGACCGCCAGAACGGCACCGUCACGCGGCUCGGCCGCUCGGUCGCGCGCUGCGCUGAGUACGACGCUUUCGCGGGAGACGAGCAGUUCGUCGAAGUCCCGAGCGGUGAACUGCAACGCUCCGUCGAAACGGAGCAUCGCGUGACGCUUCACGACAUCGACAUCGUGAACAGCCGGCCCGAAGGCUUCAUCGCGUUAUUCGACGGCAACACCGGCGAGGUCUCGCACGAGGUGCGCCAAAAGGUCGACGCGAAGGUCGAGGAGUGGGUGCUUGAAACGAAGGCGAGUUUGGAGCUCGGCGUGUUGUUCAUCGACGAGUGCCAUUUGCUCGACGUGUCGUGCUUCGCGUUUUUAAACCGCGUGUUGGACACGCCCUACGCGCCGCUGCUGAUUCUCGCGAGCAACAAGGGCGUGUGCCCGCUGCGCGGCACUUCGUUGCGGUUCCUGCACGGCAUUCCGCCGGACUUCCUCGAUCGGCUGCUCGCCAUCUCCACGCAGCCGCUGGGUCGCGAAGAGUUGCGCGGCGUUUUGCAGCAGCGGGCGCAGCUUGAAGAGGCUCGAUGUGAGUCCGCCGCGCUCGAGCUGCUGGUGUCGAUCGCGGCUGACUCGAGUUUGCGCUACGCGCUGAACUUGCUCACGUACGCGGCGACGGCCGCGCGUCGCGCGAAGGCGGAGCGCCUGGACGUCGAGCACGUCGAGCUCUGCUAUCGGAUUUUUUUAGAUUCGUAA